GGGACCAGGGGGUCCGGCGGGGUUCGGGCCGGACUGCCAUGGCCUUGGCACUGCCGCUGCCCGAGCCGCCCUGGCCGGCGAGCCUGGCCCCGCUGAAGGCGGUGGAUGAGCUGCUGCGGUGCGGGAUUUGCUUUGAUUACUUCAGCAUCGCCAUGAUCAUCCCGCAGUGCUCCCACAACUAUUGUUCCCUUUGCAUACGCAAGUUUUUGUCCUACAAAACUCAGUGUCCAACAUGCUGUGUGGCAGCCUCAGAAUCUGACCUGAAAAACAACCGGGCAUUAGAUGAACUGGUAAAGAGCUUUAAUUCUGCAAGACAACAGCUGUUCCAGUUGGUCAUGGAUACUCCAAUGAUUUCAUCUCCAUUGGCCUGCAGCAGGCAUUCAGCUGGCAAAACCCAUGUCAGGAGUCCUGUUUCUGGGCCAGUUUUGAAAGAAGAGGUGCCAGCGAUUGACAGUUUCUUGAGAAAGGAGGAGGUUUGCACCUCAACAAAGGCAGAUGGUCUGGCAGGAACAGACCAGAAGAUGAUCAAAUCUGAGGAACAUGAUAACCUUGAUGAAAAAUUUGCAGAGGCUGAUGGUAAAGGCAAUGAAGUGGGAUCACAAGAGAGUCCUGAGUGCACGAGAAGUCAUGAAAAGCCUUCUACAUCUGUGGUAAAAGUAGUCAAGAGAGUGGAGUGUCCUGUUUGUGAGGUUGCUAUUCCAGAGCACUAUAUAAACAAACAUCUGGAUAGCUGCUUGACAAGAGAGGAGAAGAAGGACAGCCUCAGAAACUCUGCUCACAAAAGGAAGCCUAUGUCCAAAGUUGUUUACAACUUGCUCUCUGAUCGUGAUCUGAAGAAGAAGCUGAAGGAGCAUGGACUGUGCACCCAGGGCACCAGGCACCAGCUCAUCAGGAGGCACCAGGAGUUUGUGCUGAUGUACAAUGCUCAGUGUGACUCUCUAACUCCCAAAUCAGUUACAGAGGUUGUGAAAGAGCUGGAAAAGAAUGAGAAGAUUCGGAUUCAGCUUGAAUGUAAUAAAACCAGUGAAAAGAGUCUGACCUUCACAAAAGACCAGACAGAGGAAGAGAUAGAUGAGAUCCACACUGAUUACCGAAACAAACACAGAAAUGAAUUUCACUUUUUGGUGGAUCAGGUCAAGAGUCGGUGGAAGAAAAGUGGGAAGAGGAAAACAGAAAGUGCUCAAAACAAAGGAGAAGUUGCUGCCAAAGAAUUAGCAGUGGCCACAGAACAUACAGCAGAAGAGCAUCACACAGCUCUGGUCCCUGGAAAGACCCAGGUACUGAAAGCAGAACCUCCUGAUGGCAGAAGCAGUGAAUCUCAUUCCUUGGAGGAAGGCCCCAGAUCAGACUCUCCUGCAUUCUCACUGUCACCUGGAUCAACAAGCAGCUCCAGUUCAGACAUUUUGAGAGAUCUGCAAGGGGCUGAGGCAUGUUCAGCAUCCUCUGACAACAUCAGUCUUCUGGGUCUGAGAAUUAACAAAAGAAAAUCACGUCGGCUCCAAAUUCCAGAAAAGGAUCAACUGCUUCCCAAGAGCAAGAGGAAGAAGAGUUAGUGCUGCAGUGGUGGAAGGCUCCAGCCCUGCAGAAGGAUUGUCCCUGAGAAAUGCUUCUUGGCUUGUCCCAGUUUGCAGUGUAUCUGGGUACUGAAUAAAAUGCUGAAUUUUCACA